GAAGCAAUUUGUUUACGAAAUCCAGCAGACGAUCGAAGAUCGAUUUCGAUUUUUCAACUCAGUCGUUGUGCCGCGGGCUAUUACACGAUACAAUACGAGUGUAUAAACCAAGUCUACCUAAAAUCGUCGAUAAGCAGGGUAUUUUGUACGCGCGAUCGAUCGAUUUUUUCCGCGCAUUAUGAAGCAGUUGGUGGAGAAACUGAGGGAGACCCUGGAGGAGCUCGGAUUCGCGGGCGAACCGCCGCAGCCGAUCAACGAGGCGGUCCGCCGGGAGAUGGACUCGGCGCGCGAGCUCAUGGCCGGCAUCGCGCGGAAGAGCAACGAGGUCUCGACCGUCUGUCGGGGCUUCGUCGAUCCGAACGAUCCCCUGUACCGGGGCCAGGCGCACACGGCCCAGUUCCACGCGCUGUGCCUCGAGUGGGCCGGCCACUGCCUCGCCUACGCCCAGCCCGGCUCGCACGAGUACGCGCUGGGCCUUCGGGCGCGCGCCAACCUCCACUAUCACUGCGGCAACUGGUCGGACUGCGCUCGGGACGUUAUCCAGGCCCAGGACCAGUUGAGGCUUCACGAGCUCGCCGAUCCGCUGGGCACGGCCGAGAGACUGAGCGAGCUGAUGAGCCGAGUCGAGGCCAAAGCGGGACUCAAAACGGAGCCCAACUCGGACAUGAACGGCUGGCAGCCCGUGGAUCUGGCUGACAGCCCCGAUCAGCUCGUUCCGCGACUCGAGCAGUCGCACCCGGAGCAUCCGUGUCUGUCCGUGAGCGUGGCGCCGGCCUACGAUCCCUUCCUGGGCCGUCACCUGGUGGCCAGGCGCGACAUCAAGGUAGGCGAGAUGAUCCUCGUCGAGGACAUGGCCUGUUGCUCGCUCCUCGAGGACAAGCUGCACACGAGCUGCGCCCACUGCUCGGCGCCUGCCUGGCGCGGAGGCGGCGGCGGCCAAGCCUGUCCCGAGUGCGCCAACGUCCUGUACUGCUCGGAGGAGUGCCGCGACGAGGCCCGCAGCGACUAUCACGACGUCGAGUGUCGGAUCUUCGCCGAGGCGAGUCGUCGCCGGGAGGAUCGGGAGAGCGUUCUGGCGGCGCUGAGGCUGCUCGUCAAGUACGCCAAGGCCGAGGGACUGGACCGAGUCAUCGAGAUCGCCCGAGUCAUCGAUCGGGAUCCAGAAUCGUUCAACAUGAAGCUGCCGACGUUAUCCGAAUACUUACAACCGACGGACAGUUCGUUCUGCUAUACCGAAUUCGGUAAGAUUUAUGGUUUGCUGGAUCAACACAUCUCCCCCGAGAACGAGGAACAGUUCCGAUACAUGAUGACCGCGAUGGAUAUCCCUCCCAGGCAGACCGACGAAUUUCCGGAAGACGAGUACGACGACUUGCUCGGGGCCGUGUUGAAAAGUUUGCGGGGCAAUCGCGACGAGGUCAUCGACGACGACACGAUGUGGGCGGUCAGGAAGAUUUUCAAAAAGUUAAAGAUGAUUUACGAAGUCAAUUGUCAUUGGUUCGGUUCUGUGCCCGAUGAAAAGAGCCCGACGAAAUCCGACUGGGAGAUCAAAUGCUUCGCUCUCUCUUAUUAUACCUCCUUGAUCAAUCACUCUUGCUUCCAAAAUUCUGCGCUGUCCAUCGGAAAGGGUGGAAAAUUGAUAGCUAGUCUACGCGAUCCAUCCGAUAAAACAAAGCGAGCAGGAUGGACACGAGGUGGGGUCUGCGAUCGAACUAUACGAGGAGGGUGCACUUGGCCGAGGUGGAAAAUUUCAUCUGCCACUGCGUGGGUUGUAUCGAGGACUGGGAGGAAGCCUCGGACAGUGUGAAUAUUGACAAUCUCGUGCGCCCCGAAGUCGAAGCUUACGCCAAGGUGGGGAUGCUCGAGGGCCAGAGCAUCGAUUGGUACUUGACCAGGAA